GAAGACAGCUCUGUACCACGGUACAUGCGCUCGCAGGAGCGCUCUCUCCCUCUCUUCCCAGGCGCUCGGAGUGGAAUGGGUUGGGAGUGCAGAUCCGGCCCUUUGGAGGAGCUGAGGAAGCGGCAAGAAAUCCUUGCAUUGUUCCAGCCCGAAGCCUGCUCCCCCAGAGGGAGGGGCUUGAGGGCAAAAGAAUUCAGUACACCGGGAGGACCAGGGGAACCCCUCUGGCCGGGUCCGGCUUUCUCUGCCAUCUGGCCAGGAACUUUAGCAAGGGUGGCGCUCCCUCAGGGUUGAAAGGAAGCCUUGCGGCCUCCCACAGGACCCCAGAGACGAAACAAGCAUUAGCCUGUCCGUGGUGCAGGUCAGGGGCAAGGGGACGCCCUAACCCCUGCGGCAUACUUGCCCCGAACAGGGCAGGCCUAGCUGCGACCCACAGCUCGUGUUGCCAGCACUACCACUGCAACCACCCAGCCCUCGAAGGGCUAAAACGCAGAUACUCGGCCUCCUACCCGAGUCUGGCAGGGGGCGGGGCUUCCCUUUAGACUAGGGACGCGGGAAGGGAACUCUGAUCCGGAGGGGGCUGGGCAUUAAACUGUCUUAGGAGGUUGGAGAUCGGCUCCGGUCACUGUCCCCCUUUUACAAAGGGGCCCCUGGGCUGGAGGUUGCACUCAGGAGUGCAGAGCCAGAUUCACUACUGCCCUCAGCCAAGACCUCGGGGUCCCACAGCACCUCCUAAUGGCCGGGCGAGGGACCAACAUUUCCUUUAUUCAAGCUCCCCAUCCCGUUCUUUUAUGCCGUCCGUUUAAGCGACUGGCCGCGUAGCGAAGCCGGGAGGACUGUACCACCGGCCGCCGGCUGCGGGGGUGGAAUUUGGGGCUGACUAACGCUCGAGGCUGAGACUCCAAGAGAAAGCCCCGUUCCGAGGGGUCUCACGGUUCCAUACCGGUGGCCACAUUUCUCGGCAGAGGGUCUGGGGACCGUGGAGCCUAAAACGCGGCACUGGCGGCGCGAAAGUCAGAAACACCUUCCCUCCCCGGCCGAAAGUCCUGCUCUGGGUCCGCCUCCGCGCCGGAUUCUUAAAGGGCCCGCGGGCUGGGGGGGCGGAGCCAGCAGGGGCGCCGGGCCGGGGCCGUGGCCGUGCCUGGUCGUUCCGCCUGAGCGGGCCGGGUUGGGGCGGGGAUGGCGGUAGCGAUGGCCGUGGCGCAGGUCCCGGUGGCGGCCUGCGCAAGUUCCUGAGCUGGUGCCAGGCAGGUAACACUGUCUUCCUGCAGCCCCCAGCAUGUGGGCAGGCCUGGGCCCCACCGUCACACUGGCUGUGGUGUUGGCGGUGGCGUGGGCCACGGAGUUCAAGCCCACAGCACCACCUAUCUUCACCGGCCGGCCCUUUGUGGUAGCAUGGGACGUGCCCACACAAGACUGUGGCCCACGCCACAAGGUGCCACUGGACCCAAAGGACAUGAAGGCUUUCGAUGUGCAGGCCUCACCUAAUGAAGGUUUCGUGAACCAGAAUAUCACCAUCUUUUACCGUGACCGGCUGGGCAUGUAUCCACACUUUGAUUCAGUGGGGAGGUCUGUGCAUGGCGGCGUGCCACAGAAUGGCAGUCUCUGGGUACAUCUGAAGAUGCUCAAGGGACAUGUGGAACACUACAUUCGUACACAGGAACCUGCAGGGCUGGCAGUCAUUGACUGGGAGGACUGGCGGCCAGUGUGGGUGCGCAACUGGCAGGACAAGGACGUGUACCGCCGAUUAUCACGCCAGCUGGUGGCCAGUCGUCACCCUGACUGGCCACCAGAUCGUGUAGUCAAGCAGGCGCAGUAUGAAUUUGAGUUUGCUGCCCGGCAGUUCAUGCUGGAGACACUGCGAUUUGUCAAGGCGUUUCGGCCUCAGCAUCUGUGGGGCUUCUACCUCUUCCCCGACUGUUAUAACCAUGAUUAUGUGCAGAACUGGGAGACCUAUACCGGCCGCUGCCCUGAUGUUGAGGUUUCCCGAAACGACCAGCUGGCCUGGCUGUGGGCUGAGAGCACGGCCCUCUUCCCCUCUGUCUACCUGGAAGAGACACUCGCUUCCUCCACUCAUGGCCGCAAUUUUGUCAGCUUCCGUGUUCAGGAGGCCCUUCGUGUGGCUCACACCCACCAUGCCAACCAUGCACUCCCGGUCUACGUCUUCACGAGGCCCACCUAUAGCCGCGGGCUCACAGGGCUUAGCGAGAUGGAUCUCAUCUCCACCAUUGGUGAGAGUGCAGCCCUAGGUGCGGCUGGCGUCAUCCUCUGGGGAGACGCAGGGUACACCACCAGCAUGGAGACCUGCCAAUACCUCAAGGAUUACCUGACACGGCUGCUGGUACCCUACGUCGUCAAUGUGUCCUGGGCUGCCCAGUAUUGCAGCUGGGCCCAGUGCCAUGGCCAUGGGCGCUGUGUGCGCCGAGACCCCAGUGCUAAUAUCUUCCUGCACCUCAGUGCCAGCAGCUUCCGCCUAGUGGCCAGCCAUGCACCUGGGGAGCCGCAGCUGCGACCAGAAGGGGAACUCAGUUGGGCCGAUCGCAACCACCUGCAGACGCACUUUCGCUGCCAGUGCUAUGUGGGCUGGGGCGGCGAGCAAUGCCAGCGGGACCUUAGGCGGGCAGGUGGGGAUGCCAGCAGGGCCUGGGCUGGGUCCCACCUCACCAGCUUGCUGGCUCUGGCAGCCCUGGCCCUCACCUGGACUUUGUAAGGGUCUCUCACCUGGCUGCCAGACAAGCUGGGCUCUGCCAGGCAUGUAGGAGCCUGCACGGGGUGGACAAACUGGAGUCUGGAGGGGCAGAGCCCCUGGGAUACCCAGCAGGGUGUUCGUACCAGCUCCCACCCCCUGUUCUAAGGGGGAGGGGCAGUCCCCUGGGAGGCCCCUUCUCUCCCUGCCAGAGAGGAAGAGGGGCACAGCCGGGCUGGGGAGGACCUGACCCUACUCCCCUGUCCCUGUAUAGUUUAUUAUUAUUAUUUUCGGGUCUCUUUCAUAAAUUAAAUAUAAAACAACUGC